AUGCAGAGGGCUGCUGUCGCUUCGGUUGUUGGGGCGCGGAUGUUGAACGAGAUUGAGGAGGGGAGUCUCGAAGAGCUCCUAACAUCGCUUCGCACAAACUUCACAACCCUCGCCAACUCCGACUUCAAUGACCAUGCUGCCACCCAUGAGGACACCGACACCGACCACAACUCCUCCCAAAAGCUGGUGAUCGCGCCCACAACCACAUCCAACAAACCAGAACCGAGACACUUCCCCAUCCCCUUCCUCAACGAGCUAAUCCAGCGCCAUUUCCGCGCCACAUCCACCGCCACCCUCUCCAUCUCCGGCCGCCAUCAUGAACUGCUCUACCUCUUAGUCGCGACCUUGAUCGCCCCUCCGCACCGCAAGACUGUCGCUAUCCUUGACUUUGACGGUCGAUUUGAUCCGUUGCGACUACUUGCGACGACGACUCCGUUCUGCUCUACCUCUACUGGUACCAGUACCCCUAGUACCCAUCGCCUCGACCCGUCCGACCUCGACCACGUCCACAUCCUCCGUCCUCCUCCUCCUCGCCGCGCCACUAAUGCUCCUGUCCCUCCUCUGCAUACGUACCUAGUCGGGAUGGAGGAGUACAUGCUCUACGCCCCGCAUAAAAGUCGGGAACGCGAAUGGUGGGGCACUAUAGUUAUUGGAGGCAGCACUGGCAACACCACUACUGCUAGUACUACCAGCAGUAACAACCACCCCGCGGCAGCCCAGGUCGCGGUAACAGCAGGCCGGCAGGGCUGGUUGCGCGUGGACAGAGCUGAGGUGACGACGACAGGGGCAGGAGCUAGUUGGACUUUCUGGAACAAGAGUGCGGAAGAGGCGAGGGCGGAGAGAGAGGAGAGGGAUAGGGCGGUAGAAGAGGGCGGGUGGGUUGCUAGUUCGGCUUGGGGGACUUUUGUGUUUGGGUCGGGGAGUGGCUGA